UUAUAGUGGAAGGUCACUUCAACUCGUUAACAACAACAAUGCAAUUACUUGUCUUGCACACAAUUCUGUCCCUUGCUGUGAUGAUCUUCGCUCUUCGAUCACAAAGGAAUCAGAAAGCAGUAAUUGCGGAUCUGGGCAAAUUAAUUGUUGACAAUUGUCCACCAAUGUUGUGCACCGGUCUGGAUUGCGCCGUGGUUACGGAAAGAAACGGUUGCCAGUUAUGUGCCUGCCCUAUUGGUUCACCGGCUCGAGGAUGCGAUCCAAUGCCAUUCAUUCUAUGGCACGAUCUAAUUGUUAACGGAUGUCCAAACGUUACUGUCAACGGUCGUGAUCCCGCACAGAAAGUUCAUCGAUGGUUUCGAAGGGUGAACCGAUUCUCAAACACGGACCAGUGUGAACCAUAUAUAUUCCCAUACUGUGCUGAAUUGGACUUCAAUCUAUGGCGUUCACCGAGGACUAAACGAGAAUGCGAACUUUACUGUUAUUCAUUAGCGGAACAACGAAAACGUGGAAUUAUUUAAAUUACAGUUUCCUUUUUAUUUAUUCACAUUACAUUUUACAAUGUAAUGCGUCUUUUCUGUUCCUUGUUGAAUGAAAAAAAAAAAACUGUAAUGCCUAAAAUUGAUAACCAG